GUGGGGUCGAGGGCCCUCGCCUACUACGACCCGCGCGAUGACUACUGGCACGAGAGGAUCAUGCUGGCGCACAUUCAGGACUUCCGCUUCGUGGUGCUCACCGCGGACUGGGACAUCUAUGAUGAAGACAUGUCCCAGGCGCUUCGCCUGCUGCCUCUGGGUCCACGGGGCGGCCUUCCCGUGCCGAGGCCACAGGGGCACAUCCUGCGGGUGGACAACGCCCGCCUCAGCAUUGAGCUGCAGCAGCUGUGCGACGAGGCGGCGCAGCUGGCCUUGGACAUCCGCGAGGAGGAGGGCUUGCCGGCCCCAGCGGCGCCCCAUGGGGUGCUUGCCGACGGCGAGGCGGGGGCGCUUGCCGAGGCGCCGGCUCCUGCGGCGCUGGCGGCUGCCGCGAGGCCCGCUGGGCCAGCGGUGGGUGGCGCGGCCGCUGCCGGCGCCCUGGCGGCGGCGCCGGCCGCGCCGCGCAGGGCACCCGCGGCCGGGGCUCUCCUCGCCCCAGCCCCGCCGCGGCCCGCAGCGCCGCCAGCAGACGCGGUCUGGCUCGCGGCGGAGACGCGUGGGGGCUUCACGGCCGGGGCCCCUAUCCCGCCGGAGCUCCUCGGCGCGGAUGGCCAGCCGCAGGUCGUUCUGGGCGACCGCGGGGUCGUGGUGCUGGCGUCAGGCGCCUCACUGGCGGUCGCAGUGGCGGACACCCUGGAGGCAGGGACGGCAGCGCUCUCCAGCAGUGGGGGAGACCUUCGCACGCUGCCGGUGCUCUACUCACCAGCUGGUGGCCGCUCCAGGUCCUUCCACGACGCCGUGGCCAAGAUGUCCACCACGCCCUUCCCAGACUGGCGCAUCAAGGGGCCGAGGACCGCUGCCUGGCUGCUUGAGAAGAUCUCGGAGGCGGGCUACACGCCGCUGCAGAGGCAUUUCUGGUGGCGGUCGAUCCAGGGGCUCACAGCUUCCGACUCGGGCGUGGACGACCACCACUUCAUCUCCGAGGUGCUGCAGGAGCUCACCACCUACGACCAGCUCAACGCUGGCGAGCUGGUGGUGGUGGAGAUCCUCUGCCGCCGCUACCAGCUCUGGGAGGAGCUUUACGCCUCGAGUCUGCGCGAAGCCGAGGCUGGCCAGGACGCUGCACCCUGGCUCGAUGAGCGAUCCAUCUUCCUCGGGCAGGACAGGAGCCGCGGCUCAGCGCUUGUCUGCCCCGCCUUGGAGAGCUGGGUGGCGGAGAAGCUCCGAGAGGAAAGUGCCAUCCUCAAGGAGCGCAGGCUAAGGCACGCGGCCGCGGGCGCGGCCGUGGCGCCUGAGGCGCCCCCUCGCGCCGGGGAUGCCCCCGGCCUCGGCGCGAGUUUGCAGGGGAGGCGAGGCGUGCUGAACGAUGCCACCUCGCUGGGUUUUGGCGAUGACAGUCUCGCGCAAAGGGACGCGCUGCCCAUCCCGCUCAGCUUCGAGGCGCUCCAGUGCUUGAAGGGGUCCUCGGCCCUCGACGGCGAGCUUUCGCUGGGGCAGCGGCGCAAGGCCGCGCGCUGCAGGCGCCAGGAGCGCUGGAUGCUGGAAGGCGUCUCGGCGCUCAACGAGCUGGGCGGGGGUGGUCGGUUGGCUGACAGCGGCGGGCGGCUUAGCUUGGCGCAGCGCUCCGCGUUGCAGCAUCUGGGUGAGGUCUACGCCGCGGUCCCGCCGAAGACUGAGGAUUGCACCAACCAGGAGGCGUUUCAGGCGCUUCUGGGGCUUCGACCUGGCUAUGCUGAUGAGCCAGCCAUCGGGGCGAGAGCCGGCUACCAGCGCGGGAGGGUCUCCCUUCCUUCUGGCGGCGCUGGGCGUGUCGAUCUUGUUCGACUACUUCCACCGCACCUGCAGUCAGCGCUGGAGUCCGGGCACGGGUUAUUGCGCUCGGAGCAGGAGGCUUCUGCUGCUCUGGAGGAGGCUGACGUCACGUGUUACGUCGACGGCAAGCUGGCCCAACGGGGCUUUGACUACGGACGGUUUCUGCUCGAGCUGUACGACGCAGGGAUCGUUGAAGUUUUGGACUAUGAGUUAGAUCGGAAGGAGGAGACUGGCGUCUUUUUUGUGCCUCGCAAAGAUGACAAGCUGAGGCUUAUCUUUGACACCAGGAGGGCGAACUGUCACUUCAGGACGCCCGAUUACACGCACUUGGCCUCCGGCGACGCCCUCAGCAGCUUGGAGUGCACGCCCGGCGAGGAGGUGCACUUGGCGGCUGGGGAUGUGGAGGUGUGCUUCUACCAGUACGUGCUGCCCACAUGGGCCAGGAACUACUUCUGCCUGCCGAGCUUGGCGACUCGCAUGCUGCCUGCCCGCCUGCGUGAGGCUCUGGGGCCUGAGCUUGCGGCGCGACCCAAGAUAGCCUUCCGUGUGCGAGUUGUUCCCAUGGGAUGGAACUGGGCCGUCCACUUUGUGCAGUCUGCCCACCUGAACGUGUUGGCUUCGAUCUCUCCGAACAACCAGUGGCUGGUGGACAAGCAGCCUGGGACGUGCCUCUCGGACAGCUCUGCUGCAGCCAAGGUCUUGUACAUAGACAAUUUUGCGGCCAUUAGCACCAGUCGCGAGACAGCGUUGCAGGUUGUCAAUGACAUGCUGGGCUCGUUCACCAGUGAGGGCGUCAGGGCGUCGCUUGACUUGGACGUCGUCCUCCUCGGCUUCACGCUGGAUUCCAAGGCCGCCAGGUGGCGCCCCGCACCCAAGAAGUUUUGGAGGGUGCAUGGCUGCAUCUCACACUUGCUGGAGCCAGGAAGGCGUAUCACUGGGCGCCAGUUGGAGAGGCUUGUGGGCCACGUGGUCGCGCUGCUGCUGCUGCGGCGUGAGGCUCUCAGCCUCCUCAGCGCCGUCUACGUCUUCAUCCGGUCGACCUACGACAGGGCGCAGCCGCUGUGGCCCAGUUGCCGACGUGAACUCAGGUGGGUGCUUGCGUUGUUGCCCACGGUGUUCGCCGACAUGAAGAGGCCUUGGCACGCUGAGGUAGGUGCCUUUGACGCGUCGCCUUGGGGCGCGGGAGUCUGUGCUGCGCGCUGGCCUUUGAGCGCGGUGCAGGCCGCAGGCAGGCAGCCGGAGAGGCUGCGUUUCCGCGGGCCCCUCGCCUCAUUGGUGGCUCCGCGGGACGCUGCCCUGGCCGCUGACAGCAUCGAGCUCUCUGACCCCGCCGCGCUCCUGCUCGGCCGCGCGGCGGGUUUCGCCGAGGUGAGCGCAGAGCUGCUGCGCGAGGCGACCUGGAUCACGGCUGUUGCAUGCAGAUGGAGGCGUCAAAGUACUAUCCACAGGCUGGAGAGCUCAGCAGGGCUUCUCUGGCUGCGGCGCGCCUCUCGCAAUUCGAGAUGCCACGGGCAUCGCUUGCUGGGCCUGGGCGACAACAUGUCGAUGAUUUGCGCCCAUGAAAAGGGCCGUGCAUCCGACUUUGGUCUCUUGUCCGGCUGCCGUUGUUCCUACGCCAUAUCGGUCGCCUGCAAUCUCAAGGAGGUCCGCACGCUCCAGGCAGCGCCGCCGUUCGGCCAGCCAAGUCUGCCAGAGGUGGGAGGCGCUUCGCCGACCCGGAAGCGAGCCGUUGGUGGUGGCGAAUCCGCAAGGAUCAGAGCGCAGCUGCCGCCGCCUUCCGCCCAGGAGCGGGCCCGCUUGCUGCCCCGCCAGGGCUUUCUGGCAGCCAACAAGGUGCGGCCGUCCACUCAGGUGCUCUACCUGGAGGUGUUGCGGCUGCUGGCAGGCUGGCUCAUGGUGGACGCUCUGCCCGACUGGCCUGUGGCGGCCUGGGACGCAGCGCUGGCCGACUUCCUGCUGUGGGCCUUCGACCAGGGAGUGGCGCGGGCGACGGCUGCAAGGCUUGGCGCCGCGGUGCUGUGGGGGCUCCCGCAGCUCCACGCGGCGGCCUUGCAGAGGUGCUUCCCGCAGCUCGCGCACUCGCUGGCGGGCUGGAAGCGCCUGCAUCCACCAGGCUCUCGUCCGCCUCUUCCAGAGCUUGUGGUUCGCGCAGCGGCAGCUUGGCUUGGGCACCAGGGCGAGUUUGCGACCGCCUUGUGCGUCAUGCUGAUGUUCGAGGGCUACCUGAGACCCUCGGAGGCGCUGGCGCUGCGGGCCGCCCAGCUCACGGGCCCGUUCGGCUCGGCCACCAACGCGGGCUCACACAUGUCGGUGGUGGUGCAUGCUGCAGAGUUGCAGCAACCGGGCAAGACAGGCGAGAUGGACCAUACCGUUGUGCUCGACCUCCCGCGCCAGCAGGCCCUGGCUUGGGCCUUGGCGCGCCUGCGCGACUCCCGCCUGGGCUCCUGGCACCCGCUGUGGUACUUCGACUACAACCUCCUCCAGCGGCGGUUUGGCCAGGCGCUCGCGGCUGUGGGAGCCAGCUGUUUAGCAGGCACGCUCUACAGCCUCAGGCACGGCGGCGCCAGCCACGACCGCCUGACGGCCAGCCGCACGCUAAUGGAGGUGCAGCAACGAGGAAACUGGCGCGCCUUCAACAGCGUGCGGCGCUACGACAAGCACGGGCGAGUGGCGAUCGAGUGGAUGAAGAUUCCCGCCCCCCAGCGCCAGGAGAUCGAACGGUUGGCUGCUGGACUCGACGCCGCCUGCAAGCUGUACUCGCUUCAGCGGUGA